AUGUAUUCGUCCUCAAAUUCUUUCUUGGGCGGCACGAACACUGGCCGUCCAGGUCCCGCAGGCUUUGGACAACAGCAAUCGUUCGGGCCCUUUACCCAAGCUCCUCAACAGCAGACGCCCUUCGCUCCGCAGCCUACCGGUUUCCCUGGACAGUUGCAAGUACAACAGACUGGCUUUCCAGCAUAUGGACAACAGCAAAACUUUCAGGCUCCUGCUCAGCAACCUCAGUUUACAGGAUAUCCUGCCCAGAACCAACCCCAGCAGCCGCAGUUUCCCCAGGCGCCACCUUUCCAGCAGCAGCCGUCGUUUCAAGCUACUCCCCAGAUACAACCACAGCCCACAGCUGCGCCGCUCCGACCUCAUCAGACCUCCUCGCAGAUUGCACAAUCUUUCAACACCGGUACCUCUACCGCAGCUUCGUCGAACAGAGGCGCAGGCAAAAGGUCGAGCAAGAUCCCUAAUAUUCGGCUGUCGUUCAUCACGGCCACAGACCAGGCCAAAUUUGAGCAACUUUUCAAGUCUGCCGUCGGAGAUAGUCAAGCUUUGGAUGGAGAAAAAGCUAGGGAUCUACUGCUGAGGUCGAAACUGCCGGGUAGCGACUUGUCGCGGAUAUGGAUCUUGUCAGAUACCACGAAGUCGGGGCAACUCCUGUUCCCGGAGUUCGCGUUGGCCAUGUACCUGUGCAACCUGAGGUUGACUGGAAAGGAGCUGCCGUCCAUCCUACCAGAGAAGAUCAGGAACGAGGUAUCAAGCAUGGUUGACAUAAUCUCAUUUGGCGUGCCCGACGAGAAGCCUCUUCCACCGCCUCGUACCAACGUGCCAGACUUCGACGCACCUCUGAGGCAGAAUGCUGUCUCGCCUCCUGCGCCUCAAGCACCACAACCGAAGCAGCCCUCAAACCAGCAGCUAUUGACGCAGCUCACUUCCCAGCCAACUGGAUUCUAUAACCAGGCAACGGGCUUCCAACCUGGUCUACAGGCGCAACCGACGGGGUUUCCUGGGCCUUCUCAGGCAAUGCAAAUGCAACCGACAGGCUUCAUGAACAAUCCUCAGCCUACAGGUUAUACUGGCCCUCGUCCGCCUCUGCCGCCCAUGCCAACAGGGUUCGCAAACAAUAUGUCGCCUCAGCAGACCGGACCUUUGCAGGCACAGCCUACCGGUAUACCUGGUCAAUGGGGUUUCAUAAACACACCCGCCGGAGGCUUACCGAAUAUUGAGGCACUACAACGGCAACUCAUGCCUCAGUCUGGCCGAGAGGGCGGGUUCACCACGCAAGGCUUAGCCGGCAGCGCCAAAGUUGCCUGGGCCAUCACCAAGGAGGAAAAGAAGAUCUACGACGAACUGUUUCGCGCCUGGGAUGGUUUGGGUAGAGGCUUUAUCUCUGGCGAUGUCGCGAUUGAGAUCAUGGGCCAGAGUGGACUUGAGCGGUCUGAUCUCGAACGCAUUUGGACGCUGGCAGACCCCAGCAACAAAGGCCGCCUGAACAUGGAUGAGUUUGCUGUAGCUAUGCAUCUCAUCUACCGCAAGCUGAAUGGUUAUCCUGUUCCUACGAGACUGCCACCUGAGUUGAUCCCUCCGUCAACCCGGUUCAUCAAUGAGUCAAUCAAUACAGUCAAGUCGCUUCUGUCACACGAUGCUGAGGCCAGGAAAUCAUCGGGGGCCUUCUUGCAACCGCAAAGGACUGGGGUAAGCUACCUCAAAAAUCACUCAUUCCGCAGCGCGUCGAGCUCUCCUGGCUUCGGCCGCAAAGACGCCACAGUCUUCCGCAACAAUGAUGACGAUAUUGGAUACCGUUCUAGUGCACGGCGCCGCCUUGGAGCCGGGGGACGUACUCCAUCCCCUGCGCAAUCGUCCGAGGUCACCGAGUCGUACGAUGACAUGACCCCCGACCAGAUCCGGAAGAAGAUCCGCGAGAAGAAGAUUCUUUUGGAGGCUACAGACUUUGAAGACGAAAGACAGGCAGAGGAUGAAGAUGUUUUGGACCGGAGAGACAGGAGAGAAGCAGAAGACCUCUUCCGACAGAUUCGCCGUGUGCAAGAUGACAUUGACACUCAUCCUAAAUCUGAUCUGGUUGGAUCGGACACUGGUGCCGAGAGGAGAGCCAUGCGUCGAGAGUUACAGCGAUAUCAAGAUCGUCUACCUAUGUUGGCAUCAAAUGUUCGAAAAGUUGAGAAGAGCAUUGCGGAGGCUAAGUUACAGCUAUUCCGGCUGAAAGAUGCCAAAGCUCAUCCGAACAGCACGUCGAACAUUGUUGGGACUGGUCCCGGCGGUGCGGUGACGGAGGCUGACCGCAUCAAAGCACGUGCGAGGGCCAGGAUGCAGGCCCGAGCUGCCGAGCUGGCAGGACGACCGGUCCCCGCAGCUGAUGAUGAGGGAGCUGCGCAAAGACGUCUUGAACAAGAAUCAUCCAAGAUCAGGUCCGAUCAAGAACGGCACGAAGCCAUGACUCGAGAUGUGGAGGAUAGUGUCAAGGAUUUUGUUUCGAGUCUUGAGGAUGGCCUGCGCGAGCAAGGUGAAAGUGCAAGCCAGGAGCAUGAACGAAGACGGUGGGAAGAAGCUUUGGGCGUGGAAGAUGAAAUCAAGGAGCUCAUCUAUGAUCUCCAACGAAGCAGUAGGACUGCUAGAGUCCGCAAAGAGGAGCAAUCACGCUCCGUCCGACAACCGUCUUUGGACCAUGUCCGUGAAGAGUCGAAGCCCGCAAAUGGAGAUCUACCUUCUCGACCUGCGCCGACAACCACCAAUUCGUCGUCUUCCGUCACACCCAGCCUAUCGCACCAGGACCGUAUCGCCUCAGCAAAGGAAAAGGCCUUGCGGCGUAUCCAGGAAAGGAUGGCGGCAGCUGGUCUCAAACCAGCAGGCGAAAGCGGUGAAACGUUGCAACAACGACAGGAGCGAGAGAAACAAGAAAGAGCGGAGCGGUUGCGAAAGGCAGAGGCCGAGGACGCAAAGCGCGAGGCCGAGAGACAGCAGAGAUUGGCCAAUGAAGGAGUGGCACCUCCCAGUCCCAAGGCCGUCAAGGCACCCCCUCCACCACCCACCAGAAAGACGCGACAGGACAGCUCCGAGACAUCGGACCGCAAAGCCGCCGAGGAGGCAGCUCGUGCCAAGGCGGAAGAAGAGGCAGCCGCACAGAUUCGGGCCCAGCAGGAGAUUCAACAACAGGAGCGUGAACGACUUGAGACUCAAACCAAAGAGGGCGAGGACGAGCUCGAGAAGGAACGUGAAGCUGCUCAGGCUCGUCUGCGUGCUCUCGAGGAGCAAGUCAAGGCCGGCAAGAUCAAGAAACAGGAGGAGAAGGCCCGAAAGAAGGCGGCCGAAAAAGAGGCCAAGGAGAAAGAAGCCAGGCUCGCAGCUCAGCGAGCCGAGCUUGAAGCGGCUCGCGAACGGGAACGACAACUCCAGCUCCAGCUCGAGAAUCUGGGCGAGUCAUCCUCUGAUGAUGACGAAGGUCCGGAGCAGAUCACACCUCAGGAGAGUACACCGGCCACGAGUCAGGUUCUUCCCAGCACAAUCUCUUCACCUCCACCAGCAGCUCCGCCAGCAGCGCCUUCUACCAGCAGUGGUUACGAGGCGACUCCUCUUUCUAGCCCGCCUGCUGAAGAAUCGAGGAACCCAUACUUCAAAAAGCGGACUCAGUCUUCGGAAAAUGCGCCACCAGUAUUCUCCCCACCUCCUGUGCCGCAAACUCAACCAUUCUCACCUCCCGAGGCCCCGCCGGCAGCGCCAGUCGAUCUGCCGUCAACAAAUCCGUUCCACAGGAUGGCGCAACAAGAGGCUGCGAGCCCGCUCAUACCCAACUUUACGGGUAAGCUGCUGUCCCGGCGUCGUCCCGAAGAGGAUGAGUGGUCAGCAGCUGGCUCCAAUAAAGGGGACUCUAGCGAUGAAGACGAGCCUCCGGCCAGCGGAUCAGCGAAGCACUUGGCCUCCAUUCUUUUUGGUACGAUGGCGCCGCCGAGACCUCUUUCAGCCAUGGACAGCAAGCCUGAUACACCGGUUCAAGAACCAGCUCCAGCCCCAGCCCUAGCUCCUUUGUCUACCGAUUCCGCUCCACCUCCGCCACCAUUACCGAGCAGUGAUGCUCCGGCCGAACCUUCUCCUCCGCCUACGAUUCCAGGGUCAUUUGAGGAAGCGAGUGCGCCUCCUCCGCCUCCCCCACCAGCUCCUGGAUUCGGGGCACCAAGCGCGCCUCCGCCGCCGCCGCCCGUCCCUGAAUCUGGAGCCUUCAGCGCACCUCCUCCGCCUCCACCAUUUCCCGAUACUGCUGCUCCUGGAGGUCCACCCCCACCUCCUCCCAUGCCCGGCCCGGCUGCCGCAGCCCCGGCUAUCGGGUCACUUUUGGGCGAGAUCAAGAAAGGGAAGGGACUACGCCAUGCUCAAACGAAUGAUCGUAGCACAAGUUCUAUAGCGGGGAGGGUUUUGAAUUGA